AUGGCUCCCAAACGCACUCGCGACGGAGAAAGCAAGCCGUCCGGAUCAGGCGCAGACUCAGUACCCAAAAAGCGCAAGGGCUUCAAUGUCGGACCGGCCAAUCUACCUGAUGGUACCUAUCGACGCAAGACCCAAAAGAUUAAAUCAGACCUGAUUCAAAAGGCCAAGGUCAAAAAGGCAUACGCCAAGAUUAAAGCACAAGAACUUUCGACGAACGCACCCAAGCCCAUCUUCACGACAGCCGAGCAGGAGAAUGGAGGAGAUCAAGCGCCCGCAUCACUGGAGCUCCAUCCGGACCGAGUGGCCAUGAUGAAUGAGCCAGAGCCAGAAGAGCCCAAAGCUGAGCGGCGGUCAGCGCGGCCUCCACGCGAUGCGACCGGCCACCAAAGGCAGCGCAAGCCGAAACCCUCAGCGUUUGCCAAAGAAUUGGAGAUUGCCGAGAAGCGAAGACAGGAGGCAGAGGCCCGGCAACGAGAACGGGAGGCCCGACAAAAAGACCGCGAGGCGAUGGCGCGUGCGAAGCGGCCCGAUCGAUCUGGAAAGAGGCGACUGGGUCGAGAGAGCAAUGUGCUGCUGAGUCGAGUGCAGCGGAUGGUGGGACAGACUUGA